CAUAAAGACGUAAUCCCAUCUGUAACACGACUCGUAAGGGUCGCGAUCCCUCGCAGCCAACCACAUCCCUGCCGCUCUUGUUUCAAGUCCCUACCCGCCAAUGAGGGCGCCUCAUCUGACCACACAACAACAAGCCUAUCCUUCCAGAAGCGAAACAGGCUGAUGAUGAGAGUGAGCGUCGUUCAGCCGGGGGGAUAAUAUAUGGGAGACGCGAUGCGGCUGUGUUGGGGGGUUAUGCCGGGGGCCUCGGCCGGAGGCUGGUGCGAGAUGAUGGCGAAGGAAGAGUUGCAGAUGGGUUCGGCGUCUGGUCGUGGGAGAGAAAGAGACUGGAAGAGAGGGAAUGGAGGCGAGUGCGUCUUGCAUCUCGGGUUUGGAAGAGCAUGGUUUAGGGUGCGAAGCGGGAGAGUGUUUGGGCGAGAAGAUGCACACUGGAAACGCGUCUGCAACCUACUCGCUGACGGCAUCGGUCUUGCGUUUGCGCACACGCGUCGAACCACUACGUCGUAUUCGAGAAGAAGUCGCCUUAGGUACCGAGGUAUUGGUCGCGGAUCAAUCGUCGGGCCGGGGGAAGUUUUAUCGAAGAUCAAAUACGUUUCCGAUACUGGUAUGUCCUAAGUUGCUCAUCACACGGAAGCAGGAAGUUCCUUCUGCUAUACAGUGACGCGGAAUGGAAUUCCCUUUGUCGCUCCCAGUCUAAGAUAAGUGCGCAAACCAUUAGGUAUUCCAACCGAUUGGGCCCCGUUAUUCCACGCCUCGCUCUCCCAUCCUUCAAGGAAGUCCCCAAC